CGCAGUGACCGCGGUGGCUCUAUUAAGGUCAUAACCGCCGCAGGAGGAUGGCUUCCAGCUUUAAGAAGUCAAACGCGGCCUCUACCAGCCAGAAAAGAAAGGUGGGUCCUAAGCCUGAACUCACUGAAGAACAGAAGCAAGAAGUUCGCGAGGCGUUUGACCUCUUCGAUGCCAACGGAAGUGGGACCAUCGACGUGAAGGAGCUGAAGGUGGCCCUGAGAGCGCUGGGCUUUGAACCCAGGAAGGAAGAGAUGAAGAAGAUGAUCUCCGAAGUGGACAAGGAAGGCGCAGGGAAAAUCAGCUUCAAUGACUUCCUGGCCGUGAUGACUCAGAAGAUGGCCGAGAAAGACACCAAAGAAGAAAUCCUGAAGGCUUUCAGGCUCUUUGAUGAUGAUGAAACUGGGAAGAUCUCUUUCAAAAACCUCAAGCGCGUGGCCAACGAGUUAGGGGAAAACCUCACUGAUGAGGAGCUGCGGGAAAUGAUUGACGAGGCAGACCGCGAUGGAGACGGCGAAGUGAACGAGGAAGAGUUUCUUCGGAUCAUGAAAAAGACCAACCUAUACUGAAGCAGGUUUCUCCAGCAAGCAUGUGUAGAGAAGCUGAGUGACUUGCGGGGUUUCCUGCUUCUAUUUUGUGAAACCUUGAGUUAGAGGACAGCACUAUCCCUCCCCUUACCCCCAAGUUUGUCUAGAUACUUCUAUUUCCAAAUCUCUGGCUCAAUUAUAGAAUUUUGAAGAUGCUUU